AUGGAUAUAACGCGGGGCUCCAUGUCAAGCAGCUCCACCCAAAGUGCCCGAGACGACCCCGGCGUCCCCUCCACCGAACCCUUCAUACUGCGCCAUGGGCGACGCUACAUUCGAAGCGCUCAGGGAUAUCCACUCCCAUGCGACCUGCCCGAACUACACCGUCAAAACCUACAAACCCUCCUCGCGACAGCCGUCUUCGGCAAGGCCUUGGGCUCGACCCCUUCAUAUCCCCCGAGAAAAGUGUUGGAGAUUGCAUGUGGCUCAGGAUACUGGUCGGCCGUGUGUCAUGAAUAUUUACGUGAACAGGGCCACGAAGACGUUUCCUUCACCGGUCUCGACAUCGUCAAUCUCGCGGGAGAUUUGCAACGCCAGGGCAUCGAUUGGAGGUUCGUGCAGCACGAUCUGCGCAAGUUGCCGAUGCCAUUCGAUGAUGAGGAAUUCGACAUCGUCGUGAUGAAGGACCUGAGUAUGGUGAUACCCUUGGGAGUGCCGUCGCAGAGGAUACUCGAUGAAUGUACACGAGUCCUCAAGUCCAAGGGCACAUUGGAGAUAUGGGAGACGGACCACAUCAUCCGAUCGAUCCAGCCACAUCCUCCACCUCCGCCGGGCAAGAAUCCUCAAGAGUACGCUUGCGCCGAGUCAACCGGGACGUUCCUGAUUUCACAUACUACGCCCUUUACCGAUGUGCAGAACAGAUAUCUCCAAGACUCCAACUCGUGGAUUCAAGAAGCGCUGGACCGACGCAAGCUCUCGCCAACCCCUUGUUCCCGUGUAUCGCAGAUCUUGCUCCAGGAGACGGAAACUUUGUGCGACAUGGACAGCCGUAGGGUAGCCAUUCCUCUUGGUGAACCACGGUGGGAGCGCGAAGCUGCGGGCGAAACGGUAAAGCGGCGUGGAAGCGAGGCGGGAAAGCUCAAGAAGGGAAGCGUGAUGCUGGAAAGCUCGAUUCUGACCAAGGAACAAGCGGCACUGAGACACACGGCGUUGCUUGUCGUUAUACAACUGAUCGAGAGUCUGGAACCCCUACUCAAAGAAGUCAGCGGAAAGAACCAAGAGGAAUGGCAGCGUUAUUGGAACUCGAUGAUCAACGAUCUGCUUGAGCAGAAAGGUGCCUCGAGCGGUGAAUGUCUGGAAGUAGGCAUCUGGUGGUGCAAGAAGGUGUAA